GCAUGAUUUUAGCUGAAGGAUGCUCUGCAUUUCCUUGAUUUCUAUGGAGACCUCAGAGCUGGGUUUGCUCCUGCUGACACCUCAUCUUGUACCUUCUCUACCUCCCAAGGUCUUUGCCUCUUUCAAUAGCUUGGCAUUGCCCCUGGGUCCAGGAAGCCUAUGAUGAACCCAAGGGGAACACCUGGAGAAUCAUCCUGAUAGGCUUUGAGCAGCAAUGGCUGGACAUACUUCAAGCCACAUGUUAACAUGGGUCAAGCCAUCACUAGAAGGCAAGUGCUAAGACUAAAGGCUUAUUUGCAUUUUAUUUAAAUUUGAUGGACUGAGCUUUGGACAAUUUCCAUGGCAGAAAAAUAUAUUCCAUUUUCUAGGCACAACUGCUGGCUGUCAGACACUUGCUGCCUUUGAAUCUUGCAGCAUCAUCACCAACCACCCUAGACGUAUUUCCAAAUUUGAACAGCCACCCUGAAACAGGUGUUUGGGAGACCCCAACAUUUUCUGACUUAGGCCUGAGAGUGCUAGGUUGUUUAUCUAGACCAGCCAAGCUCCGGAGAGCAAUGUUGAAUCCCUGGGAACAGAGAGCAUGGGGCGUGCUGAUUUAAAAACAGAAAAUGCAAAGUUGGACUGAAAAUAUCCUUAGUCUUCCAAGCAAUCUGCUUAAGGGUUCCAAACUUACCUUCAUUUGGUGACAAAAGAAGCUGCCCUAUUUUUCUUUCUUCUUCUUCUUCUUCUACAACUGGAACCAGCCAUUUCCAAAAACCACCACCAUGGAGGUUGCAAUGGUGAGUGCGGAGAGCUCAGGGUGCAACAGUCACAUGCCUUAUGGUUACGCGGCCCAGGCUAGGGCACGGGAACGGGAGAGGCUUGCUCACUCGAGGGCAGCUGCGGCAGCCGCCGUGGCAGCUGCCACAGCUGCUGUGGAGGGCAGUGGGGGUUCUGGAGGGGGCUCCCACCACCACCACCAGUCGCGUGGGGCCUGCACCUCCCAUGACCCUCAGGGCAGCCGGGGUAGUCGGAGGAGGAGGCGCCAGCGGCCUGAGAAGAGGAGAAUCCACCACCGCCAGAGCAGCUUUCCUCAUUGCUCCGACCUGAUGCCCAGUGGCUCUGAGGAGAAGAUUCUGAGGGAACUGAGUGAGGAAGAGGAAGAGGAGGAAGAGGAAGAGGAGGAGGAAGAGGAAGGAAGGUUUUACUAUAGUGAGGAUGACCAUGGUGAUGAAUGUUCCUACACGGACCUGCUGCCCCAGGAUGACGGGGGCGGCGGUGGCUAUAGUUCAGUCCGCUACAGUGACUGUUGUGAACGUGUGGUGAUAAAUGUGUCGGGCCUGCGCUUUGAGACCCAGAUGAAGACUCUGGCCCAGUUUCCAGAGACUUUGUUGGGAGACCCUGAGAAGAGGACUCAGUACUUUGACCCUUUGCGUAAUGAGUAUUUUUUCGACAGAAACAGGCCUAGCUUUGAUGCCAUCUUAUAUUAUUACCAAUCAGGAGGCCGCCUCAAGAGGCCAGUCAAUGUCCCCUUUGAUAUCUUCACUGAGGAGGUGAAGUUCUAUCAGUUGGGAGAGGAGGCCCUGCUCAAGUUUCGGGAGGAUGAGGGCUUUGUGAGAGAAGAGGAGGACAGGGCCUUGCCAGAGAAUGAAUUUAAAAAGCAGAUUUGGCUUCUGUUUGAGUAUCCGGAGAGUUCCAGUCCAGCAAGGGGCAUAGCCAUCGUCUCUGUCCUGGUCAUCUUAAUCUCCAUUGUCAUUUUCUGCCUGGAAACUUUACCUGAGUUUAGGGACGACAGGGAUCUCAUCAUGGCACUGAGUGCAGGCGGGCACAGUGGGUUGUUGAAUGACACCUCGGCACCCCACCUAGAGAACUCAGGGCACACCAUCUUCAACGACCCCUUCUUCAUCGUGGAGACAGUCUGUAUUGUUUGGUUUUCCUUCGAGUUUGUUGUUCGCUGCUUUGCUUGUCCCAGCCAAGCACUCUUCUUCAAAAACAUCAUGAACAUCAUUGACAUUGUAUCCAUUUUGCCUUACUUCAUCACCCUGGGCACUGAUCUGGCCCAGCAGCAGGGGGGUGGCAACGGUCAGCAGCAGCAGGCCAUGUCCUUCGCUAUCCUCAGGAUCAUCCGUCUGGUCCGAGUAUUCCGGAUCUUCAAACUCUCCAGGCAUUCCAAAGGCCUGCAGAUCCUGGGCCACACCCUCAGAGCCAGCAUGCGGGAGCUGGGACUUCUGAUCUUCUUCCUCUUCAUUGGGGUCAUCCUGUUUUCCAGUGCUGUGUAUUUCGCAGAGGCAGAUGAACCUACCACCCAUUUCCAAAGCAUCCCAGAUGCGUUUUGGUGGGCCGUGGUGACCAUGACAACUGUGGGCUAUGGGGACAUGAAGCCCAUCACUGUGGGGGGCAAGAUCGUGGGGUCCCUGUGUGCCAUUGCAGGUGUCUUAACCAUUGCUUUGCCAGUGCCAGUGAUUGUCUCUAACUUUAACUAUUUCUACCACAGAGAGACUGAGAAUGAGGAACAGACACAGCUGACACAGAACGCAGUCAGUUGCCCAUACCUCCCUUCUAAUUUGCUGAAGAAAUUCCGGAGCUCUACUUCUUCUUCCCUGGGAGACAAGUCAGAGUAUCUAGAGAUGGAAGAAGGAGUUAAGGAAUCUCUCUGUGCAAAGGAGGAGAAGUGUCAGGGAAAGGGGGAUGACAGUGAGACAGAUAAAAACAACUGUUCUAAUGCGAAGGCUGUGGAGACUGAUGUGUGAAUCUUGCUCUCCACCUGCCACUGCCUCCCCCCACCCCCAGCCCCAGUAUCUCCAAAUAUAUUUAUGCAUAGAGAGUGGAGUUAUGAAAAUGAAAUAUGCAAACGAAUCUAAUGCAUAUAGUAGUACACCAUUUAAUGGUUAUACGUGACAUAAUUGUUACUCAACUUGUAUUACAUAUCAAAUAAAUGAUACAUCUUGGAGAAGAGGGAGGCUAAAAUAGGAGCAAAUCUUAUCUUUAUAUUUUUUAUUAGAAUGCAAGAAUUUUGCACACUAACUGGAAAAGAUGUUAAAAGUAAAGGUGGUUCUGUGGAGAGAAGGUAUAUGUGUGUUUGUGUGUGUGUGUGUGUGUGCGCACGCACACGUGCUGCGUGCGUGUAUGUGCAAGUAAAUUGUCAACAUUGUUAGUAAUUGUGCAGUGAUGGGAAGAGUUGGCAUUUUGAAGUAUUUACUAUGUAAGAACUAAUGAAUUUGAGCAGUCAUUUAUCAGUGCUCUGAUAGCAUCUCAUGUCUUUGGAUUCCAUAGUUGUUUUUUAAAAAUUGUAAGAAUUACUGUGUAGGGGGAAAAAAAAAGGAAAGUGAAUUAUUUAAUAGAAUAUAGGUCACAGUUUUAUCUUGGAUUUAAUUAAAGUUUAUUUUUAACUGGAAAUUAACUUUUAAAAAGG